AUGAUAUUCCGACACAGUCUAAAGGACGGCCACGGGCUAAUGGAGCUAUCGAAUCCAAAUGGGCUCCCUAUAGUCAGCGUUAUAUCUAUGGCAGCGCCCCGUCGCCCAGCCGUAAUCAGGAGCGAAGAUUCGUUGAUGAAGUAUGCUAAUCCCAAUGAUCGCCAGCUAGCCAAGGAGAAAAUGCGCAUUGUUCUCCGGCUCUCUGCGUGGAAAAGGCACCGGAAAAUUGUCCUAGGUGCAUUGGGAUGUGGUGCUUUCAGGAACCCGCCAGAGGAGGUAGCCAGCUGCUGGGCGGAAGUUUUUGCAGAGCCGGAGUUCCGUGGAGGUUGGUGGGAGAAGGUAGUGUUUGCAGUGAUAGAUGAGACGGGAUUGGGGAGGGAAGGGAAUGGCAAUGUAGGAAUAUAUUUUAGGAGGUUGGAUGGAAUUGAGGUGUAA